AAUCCAACAGGGAAAACCUGCGGCUACUGCGCGACCUGACGCCCAAGUCCAGAAAGUUGUGAAGUUUACUUGAUCUCCUUAUAACAGCCCAUCAGAUCAGAAGACAGAAGGCUGCGAUGUCUGCCGAUCCGAAAGAGGCCAUGAAUAUAUAUAGUGUAACGCUCAACGGACCUGCUCCCUGGGGUUUUCGGCUUCAGGGAGGCAAGGACUUCAACAUGCCCCUGACCGUGUCAAGACUGACCCCAGGCGGUAAGGCGGCCCAGGCCGGAGUGGGUGUUGGGGAUUGGUUGGUGUCCAUCUCUGAUGCCAACGCAGAGGAGAUGACCCAUGUGGAGGCACAGAACAAGAUCAGAGCCGCAACCGACUCCCUCGCUCUCACUUUGAGCAGAGCUUUUAAUCCUGCCGGAGGAGAGCAGAACAUGGAAGUUCCUGACAAAGGAGAAGCCUUCUAUGAGGAGUUGUACCCUGAGGGGAAGCACGGUCUGCGGGUGGAAAACACGCCCUGCUUCAUCCCCAGUGAUCGCAGUAAGAAGAGACUGAUUGAGGAUACGGAGGAUUGGCAGCCACGCACCGGCACCACCCAGUCUCGCUCUUUCCGAAUCCUGGCCCAGCUCACAGGCACUGACUUCAUGCAGGACCCGGAUGAUGAGAACUUGAAAAGGUCCAGGGAAAAGUUCCUCACUGAGAUUCAGAGUCCCCGCUAUGCCAGGCUGAGAGACUGGCAUCACGAGAGAUCCGCCCGUGCCCUCAACAUCAAGUCCUGAGCGCUCUGCCUCCCUGCUAUCAGACGGCCGAGGGGGCUGAGAUGCAGCCGCACUAGAUAAAAAUGCACCACUGCAACACCGCGUGCCAGCUAUGGGUGAACACCGACCCCAGCUAUACCAGGACAAAAAAAAUCGGGCAUGAGGGGGUUGUCAAGUUAAAAUUUAAAA